AUGAGUUCACAACAAAGUACAACAAAGGAAGAGGAAGAUUGUUUACGGGCAAUUCAAUACGCUACUUCAACAGUGCUCCCUUUUGCUUUGAAAGCCGCCGUUGAUCUUGAUUUAUUCGAGAUUAUAGCGAAAUCGGGUCCAGGUUCCAUGGUUUCUGCUGCUGAGAUUGUCUCCAGACUUCCAGCUAAGAACCCUAAUGCUUCCGAAAUCAUCGACCGUAUACUUCGAUUUCUGACGGCCCAUUCGGUCUUGGAUUGCAAGGUUGCUACCGCUGAAGACGGAAACACGACGAGAUUAUAUGGUAUUGCUUCAAUCGGCAAAUACUUUGUUCAAAAUGAAGAUGGAAUUUCCGUAGUUCCAAUGCUGCAUCUGAAUAUGGAUAGACAUGUGUUCGAGUCUUGGUUCCUCGAUUUGUCACGAACGACGCCGGCAAAGAAAGCGAAUCCGGUGAACUGCUCCAUCAUUGUUGAGAUACACUGUCCUCGAGAUGUGCUUCAGAGAUUUAACCGUAAAACACCGAGACGAAGAAUGACUCCAUGCGAUUCUAUCAGACUUUCGAAAAGUGGGGAGGAGGAUGCCCUUAAUAGCUUGAAUCACAUUUUCCGCACUCCAAACCCAAAAAGAUUAAGGUUCCACGAGCCAUCCUCAGAUAUCAUUUCAUGA